ACCAAAUCUCCUAUUUUCAGUUCUUCAAUUGUGUAUAUAUUAUAUAAAUUCCAAACCCUAGGCAUUCAAAUGAAUCAAAACAUUUUAUACAAUGGACAUUAAGGCAAUGGAAGAAGGAUUGUUAUUUCAAACUCAAACAUCAGUUCAAGAACAGCAGCCUCUUCUAGAAAAUAUCCAAAAGCUCCCAAAAACUCCAGCACAAAAAGCCAUUAGAAAGACUUUCAAAGGAACUGCUCAUUUAGCCAAGCUUCUCCCAACAGGUUCAGUUCUUGCAUUCCAAAUUCUAUCGCCAAUUUUAACCCAUCAAGGCCAAUGUCACACCACGACAAGCAUCUCACUCACCAUAGCCCUUUUAUCUCUUUGUGCCUUUGCUUGCUUUGUUCUAUGCUUCACUGAUAGUUUUAGAGAUGAAAGAGGUAAAGUUAGAUAUGGAAUGGCUACGUUCAAGGGUUUGUGGGUUAUCGAUGGAUAUUCGUCAUCGUCGCUAAAGCUGUCGCCAGAAGAGGCUGCUAAUUAUCGGAUAAGGUUUAUUGAUUUCUUCCAUGGAUUCAUGUCCAUAUUGGUCUUUGGAGCAGUGGCUUUGUUUGACAAAAAUGUGGUGGAUUGCUUGUAUCCUGCACCAACUGAUGAGGUUAAGGAUUUAUUGGUUGUGAUUCCUGUUGGGGUUGGGGUGAUUUGUAGCGUUUUGUUCCUUGUGUUCCCUACAAAACGUCAUGGAAUUGGCUCUCCUUUAUCUCGUCAAUAGGACUAUAUUCCACUGAAUUUAUGUGUACUUGAUUAAUUUCUGGGUUUAUUUCAAGAAAUAUUU